AUGGCCGCAAAGCGCAAGGCGUCGGCCUUGAACACGGCAGUCGACGAUGAGCCCGUCGACCCGUCCGAUGAGCUUGCCUUUUACUGUUUAGGUGGAGGAAAUGAAGUCGGCCGGUCAUGUCAUAUUAUCCAGUAUAAAGGGAAGACGGUUAUGCUUGAUUCAGGAAUGCAUCCUGCGAAAGAAGGCUUUUCCUCGCUGCCGUUCUUCGACGAGUUCGACCUGAGUACAGUUGAUAUUCUCCUGAUUAGCCAUUUCCACGUUGACCACUCGUCCGCCCUCCCCUAUGUCCUCAGCAAGACCAACUUCAAAGGCCGCGUUUUCAUGACACACGCCACCAAGGCCAUCUACAAAUGGCUCAUCCAGGACAAUGUCCGUGUGAGCAACACGGCAUCAUCAUCGGAUCAGCGCACGACCCUAUACACCGAGCACGACCAUCUGUCUACUCUCCCAUUGAUUGAAACAAUAGACUUUAAUACGACGCAUACGAUUAAUAGCAUCCGCAUCACUCCUUUCCCCGCUGGACACGUUCUCGGUGCUGCUAUGUUCUUGGUUUCUAUUGCUGGUCUGAAUAUCCUGUUCACUGGAGACUAUUCGCGGGAAGAGGAUCGCCACCUUAUCCCGGCUGAAGUGCCCAAGGGUAUCAAGAUUGAUGUCCUUAUUACUGAAUCGACCUUUGGCAUUUCUUCGAAUCCACCCCGCCUGGAGCGUGAAGCAGCCCUCAUGAAGUCGAUCACAGGGGUAUUGAACCGUGGUGGCAGAGUCCUCAUGCCGGUCUUCGCGCUGGGACGCGCACAAGAACUACUGCUGAUUCUUGACGAAUACUGGGAGACACACCCCGAACUCCAAAAGAUCCCCAUCUAUUAUAUCGGUAACAUGGCGCGGCGAUGUAUGGUGGUCUACCAAACAUAUAUCGGUGCCAUGAACGACAACAUCAAACGCCUCUUCCGUCAACGUAUGGCGGAAGCAGAAGCCGCUGGCGACAAAAGCAUCAGCGCUGGUCCUUGGGAUUUCAAGUUUGUUAGAAGUCUUCGGAGUCUCGAACGGUUUGACGACCUGGGAGGUUGCGUGAUGCUUGCUUCGCCUGGUAUGCUGCAAACAGGAACGAGCAGAGAAUUACUAGAACGAUGGGCCCCGAACGAGCGGAAUGGGGUCGUCAUGACCGGUUACAGCGUUGAGGGGACGAUGGCCAAGAAUCUGCUUAAUGAACCUGAGCAGAUCCCGGCUGUCAUGUCGAGGACUGCGGCUAGCGCGGCACGGAGGGGAGUGACUGGUGGUGGUGGUGGUGGUGGUGGUGACGAAGAGCAGAAAGUUAUGAUCCAGAGGAGGUGUACCGUGGACGAAGUCAGUUUUGCGGCUCAUGUAGAUGGUGUUGAGAAUCGCAACUUCAUUGAGGAAGUUGCUGCGCCUGUUGUGAUCCUCGUCCACGGAGAAAAGCAUCAGAUGAUGCGUCUCAAAUCUAAACUCCUCAGUCUGAACGCCGACAAAACCGUUAAAGUAAAGGUCUACACUCCAGCGAACUGCGAAGAAGUCCGCAUUCCUUUCAAAAAGGACAAGAUCGCAAAGGUCGUCGGCAAACUCGCACAGGUUGCACCCCCUUCAGAGCAAGACGAUGGCCAUCUCAUGGCCGGUGUCCUCGUGCAGAAUGGAUUCAACCUGUCACUAAUGGCACCUGACGAUCUCCGCGAGUACGCAGGUCUGACAACCACGACGAUCAAUUGCAAGCAGCAUAUCACCCUGAGCUCCGCAAGCAUGGACUUGAUCAAGUGGGCUCUUGAGGGAACAUUCGGAGCUAUCGAGGAGAUCAGCGAUACUUCCAAAGCUGACGUCAAGAAGGAGGAGGUGGAUGGAGAAGAGCAGAAGCCCAAGGAAGAGGCUGCAGACGAGGAAAUCCCGAUGGAGAACACACAAACAUACUUGGUUAUGGACUGUGUGAUCAUUCGGUACAACGCUCGUACUCGUGAGGUCGAAUUAGAAUGGGAGGGCAACAUGAUGAACGACGGCGUCGCCGACGCAGUCAUGGCCGUCCUGCUCACAGUAGAAAGCAGCCCUGCAUCUGUCAAACAAUCCGCCAAACACAAACACCACCACCACCACCACCACCACCACGAAGACAUCGACCUCCCCAACCCCCACUCCAACCCCGGCCCCGAAGAACGCUUCACCCGCCUCCUAAUGAUGCUAGAAGCCCAAUUCGGCUCCGACAUCUCCCCCAUCGAAACGCCCCGCCUCCCAACCGAAGUCACAAACACAUACCUAAAGAAAGAGUCCGAAACCGAAACCCCAGAAAUCAAACAAGAAGACCACGAAGAAAAAGAAACAAAAACCCAGGACUCAGACCGCCUCGCAGACCUCGAAGCAGCCGAGAUCGCCCGUCUACAGGCUCUAGGCAUCCCCGUCCCUGGAAUCGAGAUUAAGGCCGAUAAGCAUGUUGCCAGGGUGUGGUUGGAGGAUUUGGAGGUUGAGUGUGCGAAUGCCGUGAUGAGGGAUCGGGUGAGGGUUGUUGUUGAACGGGCUGUGGAGACGGUUGCGAGUAUGUGGACUGAGGGACCUCCUUCGGCGGGGUUGGCGAAUGGGUCUAAGACUAAGAUGGAAGAGACUAGGGGCAUGGAGGUUGAGGCUAAGGCUUGA